UCAGCACUCAAUGCUGUCGCUGCUUACAGCCAGCCUGGGUUUGCAUAUUGUCUCAGUGCGGUGUUCACUGCUGCAGCCAGCAGAGGGAGCAACAUGGCAAUGAAAACUAGAGUCAGAUGAUGGGAGGAGGAUCAAGCAAAUAAACCCUUGGGUAACGUGUGCAAAACAAGUGCUGUAAUUCUGGUUACCAUAUCCAGGCCUAAAGACCACAACACACCUUUUCUCUGGAUUGAAACCUUGUACAAAUACGUCUGUGGGGGCAUCUGCCAGGCCGGUCUACCUCACCUGAAACCUAUACAAGCAAGCUACAGUAACAUAAGACAAAGCUCCUCUUUAUGGGUCAGUGAUGCAGCGAGAGUGACGCAGCAGUGGCAGCAGCCUCCGGUCCGGAAGACAGCAGGAACAGGGAACCGUAGUCCACAGGCAACUUCCAGACAGCAGUGAAGAGGGAAGAUGGUGAAGGCCUAAUCUAGGCCAAGGGGCGAGCGGGAGCCGGGCAGUAACUGUCCUUUCCUCCUCCUAAACAAACACCACAGAGACGUCCACAGUGGCAGAGACAGGCCCAGCGAGACCUGCGAAGAGACAUUUUGAUGACGGUGGUGUCCCCGUGCACUCAGAACCUCAUGGAUAGUGCUCACCCUCACACGGUGCUUAGCAAGCUCAAUGAGCAGCGCUCACAAGGCCUCUUCUGCGAUGUUACCAUCGUGGUGGAGGACGUUAAGUUUCGGGCCCACAAGAACAUCCUGGCGGCCUGCAGCGGGUACUUCAGGAACGCCCUGACCACUCCUGAGACAUGGAGCUCCAGCCAAGUGCUGGAGCUGCUGGACCUGAAGUCCGAGGUGUUCGCCAGCAUCCUCAACUUUAUCUACUGCUCAAAGGUGACAUCACCUGGUACGGAGGACACAGGGGGGCUGGUGGCAGCUGGAAAAAGACUUGGAAUUCCUUUUUUAGAGAAGCUUGCAGAACAACAGAGGCAGGAUGAAUGUGUUAGAGCCACAGACUCUGGCAAAGCCCCGGUGUCAGAAAAAGCAAAGCAGGAGGCCCCCAGACUUGAGGAUAUUGACAGAGGGCCACGCAUCACCAAUGCCUUCUCCAUCACUGAAGUGUGUCCUGGGAACAAUCUUUUCACCCCUCUGGUUCAAACCAAUAGGGAGAGGGAAUCACCAGAUGAGGGAGAGCUCCCAUCAAAUAGCCCCACGACCUCCUGCCUCAACAAGAACAAUGAGACAACACAAGCCCUCUCAGAGCACUCAUACGCAGUAAUAAAAUCCACUGAAGUUAAAGACAGCAGUCAGUGGGACAACAAGAAGGUCUGUAAGCCAGCAAUAUCUCAGCCAAAGCAACUCUUUUACAGGAAUGCAGGCCCGCUUAAAAAGCGCCACAGGCUGAGAGGAACUUUGUGUCGAAGUAUACUUCCAGCGCCAGCUGAACCACAAAAAGAUAAACUGAAUACAAUAACCCUCACAUCAGCUGAUGGUGUCUCCGCAGCACCUGUUGCAGUCAUGACCCCGCCUCCGCUUAUUUCAGAGGCAGAACAAGAAAAAAGUAUAGGCCCAGGGAUACCUAUUGCUUCUGACAAUGUUCAAAUGGAGUUAGGCCCACCAACCCUUUCCCCUCACACAGAGGACAGCAUUUCAAUUUAUGGAUGUGACCACUGUCCGGAGAUAUUCACCAAUAAAGCUCUUCUCACCAUUCACGCAAAGGUACAUAAAAAGCGUUUUGUCAGUCAUUUGUUAUGCAAGUUUUGUCACAGAAAGUUCAUACACCUCAAACGACUUCGCAACCACGAGCAGGUCUGUCCCAGAGCUGCAAGAGGCCCGCCUAAACUGGAUGACACCGACAUAUCGACCAAAGAGGUGGAAUUCCAGUCAGAUGACAUACCCAACGAGGAGAGCAUCGUGACACAGCUUCCUUCCGAUGAGCUCUCCACACCUUACACCCCAGAGCCCCUCGAAGUGGACCAAUCAGAGCCUUCACAUGUUGAGAAGGCAGUGAGGCCAGGUGGCGGUCAGAGGAGAUACAACUGCAGUGUGUGUAAACGGGUCUACGUCACCUUGUCCAGUCUGAAGCGGCACGAGAAUGUACAUUCCUGGCAGAGGGCAUAUCCCUGUCAUUAUUGUAAUAAAGUGUUUGCAUUGGCAGAGUACCGCACGAAGCACGAAAUCUGGCACACAGGUGAACGCCGCUAUCAGUGCAUUUUCUGCCUGGAGACAUUCAUGACAUAUUAUAUCUUAAAGAACCAUCAGAAGUCCUUUCACGGCAUUGAUCCCAGUCUCGCUGUUAAGAAAAAAUCUGCCAACGGUGGUCUGAAAGCCAGUGUUUAUCCAAUCAAACUCUACCGGCUUCUGCCUAUGAAGUUUAGAAAGAGACAAUACAAGACUUACAGCCAGACGUAUUCAGAGAGUGUCGAAAGAGAUGACGAAUCUCCACCAGAGGGCAACUCUCUUAUCCCUCCGUUUGAGGAAAACGGUCUGAGCGGCCACCCUGACUCUGCUUCAUUCCCUCUGACUUUCAUGGCGACGACAAAGAUGGUGGCCCCUGUCAUGCCUCGCAUCAGCUUUGGCAAGCCAUGUGACCAAGAUGUUGACCAAGGUCUGAACAACGACUUGGAAAAUCCAAGAGGCACAAGAAAAGAGGCUGAGAAUAGAGAUUCACCUUUUACUGACUACCACAGUACCUUCUCUUUGCAACCUGAUUCUCCAGCAGUGGGAUACAAAAAUGAUCCUCUGGUUCUGAAUAACUCAGAGCACAUCAGUCAUAAUGUGCCAUUCCUCAACUCUUUGAACACUGUUAAAAAGUUAGGUGAGUUAUCAGCUUCCGCAAAACGAGUUGAGGAUAUGACUAAGGAGAUACUUCAGUCAAGCACUGAGAAUCUGGUGCGCGAUAAAAAGAUGGGGGCAAAGACAGAAACAUACAUCGCCAAACCUGCAUGCCCGGGUCCGUCUGUGGAUGGUGCUGCCAUGCCGCUCUGUCAGAUAACAGUGAAAAUAGGCAACGAAGCCAUCAUCCGUCGCCGAAUCAAAGGAUCCAAGCUCUUCCCCAGAAAGAAAAGGAGAAUCAGAGAAGUGAGUGAGGAGGAGAGCCCAAACCAGGACCCUCCAACACGGGAAACCUCGGAGAGCCCCAGGCUCCGUCUGAGACAGGAAGUCACUUCCGCCACACAGCCAGAGACAUUCGAUGAUCCCAAUGACUGUGACACAGCUGAUAUGCUUUGGCGUCCCUACUAUUCUUACAAAGCUAAGAAGAAAAGGAAGAAGUUGAGAUUAAAGCAUGGAAAGGCUUUGUUUCACGGUUAUCCUGAAACAUCCGUAGAUAGAACUGCUCCCAGUGACGCCCACCUCGAGAAAAGUAGUCGGCUGACAGAAGAGGGCGUGUCAGGCUGUAGUGGAGAGGUGAAACGUAGUCUCAGCAGGAACUCCAGCCCGAGGACCACCUACAGCUGUGACAUCUGUGACAGCUCUUUUAUCACAGAGACCGGUCUGAGAGCUCAUGUUAUCGGUUCCCACCCGUGUUUCUGCCGGACCUGUGGUAAACAGGGUCCCCCUGGUGAGGCACCUGCCGGUGGUGAUUACAUCUGCAACCGCUGCAUGGAGAACGGCUCCUGUUUUGAUAACACACCCCGGAGCCCCAACCCAGAGAAGAAGUAUCGCUGCUCCUUCUGUCCCCAGAGGUUUCUCUACCUGGCCACCAAGAGAAGCCAUGAGAAAAAACACCAGGAGGCAAAUGAGGAGGGAUAUAGUUCGGACAACUUCACACCAUGUUCGAAUUACUCUGCAGACUUGAGGGAAGACGAUAAACAAGACGACAUCAAAACAGAAGACAGUGACAAUCAGGGAGGCGUUGACAUAAAAAGUGAAAGGGUAGAAGAAGGACAUUGUUCCAUUGAUAAAAUUAAGCCUAAAACUGAGGACACAACUGACUUUAUGUCUUUGACUACCUACCAAGACAUGUCAUAUUCCAACAUUAAAAGUCCAUUAUCGCCUUGCAAUGAACCAUUCUUUUCCCUGACAACCCCAAAGAUGAAACAUAAAAUGGCGAAAAAAGCGAUCAAUGCUUCUAUGCAGCUCAUCUCAAAAAAGCAGUCUUGUGACAGAGAUAGUGUUAGCAACCAGGACAUUUUGAUGGGGCCAAGAACAACCAGUCACAAUGAUCUUGAGAAGUCCAGUAAACUCUUUAGGAGAAAUGACUCUGAAGCUAAAGCUACCCAUGUUUCUAUACACAAGCCAGAGAAAUGGAUGUGCAAAGAGGAGCCAUUUUUUUAAAGAUCUUUGAGGACUGGGGACAACCAUCGUCCAAAGAGAAAGUGAAUAAAUUCAACUUCAAACUACUGCUUUUGGUUAGGAAAUGUAAAGUUUUCAUCUUUGCAGCUGAGCUCAAUAAAAUGUUUUGAAUCAACAACACUAAACAUGAGUAUCUAACAUGAAUCACAUGCUGUAAUUUCUUCCCUCCUAAACUCAAUGACUGAAUUAUUUUUCACCUUGGUAGAAUAUAUUUUUGGGAUAAUAUAGGACCUUCUGACACAGACUGUAUUUUGCCCAUUGUCUAUGCAUAUAUAUGGCAGACUCAGUGACAAAACUGUAAGCAAUUUCAGAACAGGGGUUAGGGUGUGUUGGAGAACUGAAAAGUUUCCUAAUGUGGUUAAAUCUUCACUUUUUUUAAGAACAUGUCUGGAGAAAACAGUAUGAAUUUUACAACUGUCACAUUUCCGAAUCUCACGCUCAGUUAUCUGACCAUGGUGAGUUGCACUUUAUAAAUAGACUAUGCUAUUCUGUUGGUUCAAUAUUUGAUAAUUCAAUCGUAAGCACCACUGAAAUAAUUCUUAUUUCUAAUUAACACAUGGAACCAUUGAGA